AGCUACACGCAAAUCUUGAAAGAACCAUGUUUCGCGCCAGAGCUGCCUGGGUCCGUUUCGCAAACCGAUCGAAACACGUCCCAACCAGACCGAAUUCCACCACCGCCAACAACAACAAGACGACCAAACCCACAAACAAUAACAGCAGAAAUGUCAGUGACAAUAAGGUUGCUGAAUCGAAUUUAGGUAAGUACGACGAAGCGUAUAAGCAGCUGGACAAGCUGGACUUCUCGACUGCCGCUAAGAUCCUUUUCACCGAGCCUCCCAAGAAAAAGAAAUUUGGGAUUGAUUUCCAUCUGGUACAACUCUUCUUUGCCUUAAUGCCUUCCAUGGCUGUUUUUUUGGUGGCUCAAUAUGCUCGCUAUGAAAUUAGAAGAAUGGAAGCGGAACUGGAGCAGAAAAAGAAACAAGAAGAAGAAGAGAAAGCAGCAAAAGAAUUGGAAUCAAAUGCUACAGAAGAAAAAGAAGCAGGAUCUGAUCCAGAGCUUUUAGAGGUGAAAGUGAGACUGGAUAAACUUGAGGAGGCUUUAAAAGGAAUUGUGGUUGAAACAAAACAAACUGUCAGCAGUCUGGCCAAAAGUCUAGAAGAUGGUAGUGAGAAAAAGGAUAUUGUGACAACUGAGCCAAUCAAAACCAAAAGUAGCUCAGAACCCAGUAAUAUGGCAGAUAGAGAUCAUCCUAAUAAACCAAAAGUUCCAGAUGCUUCCCUGCAGGAUCAGAAGGGCAAGACCCAAAAUGGAGGGGCAUCUCAAGAUGGUAGGACAUGAAUAUAAAAAGCUUCUUCAGUUUAUGUAGAUAUAAAAGCAGAGAGGCUUUGUUUUAGACAAAAGAAUGCACCGGAUCUUCAAGGCAUAUAUUCUUGAAAAUCCAGCAAUUGAUUGGCAUGGUUUUGGGAUCAGCCCUGGUGACAAGGAUCUUCACCUUUUUGUUGAGCAUUGUUUCAGCUUGCAAUAUGUAAGAAAUAUUUAUUUGUAGUUGUUAACAUGGGAGAGUAAAAUUCAGAUCCAUGACACUGCCUAAGAGUGUGACUUGUCCACACAAAGUUAAA